AUGCUCCAAUCCUGUUGCUCCCCCGCGAGCAUCCCAAACGCUGGUCCAGCCAGCGCCGAGAGCUCGAACCCCGUCCCGCGCAUGCAUGCAUUUCCAAAGAAGAGUCGAAGCGCCCAGGGUUUGCUUCUGAAGCUUGCUCAAGUUUUCCGUGCUUGCUUAUUGCGUGCCGUAUCUUGCCAUAUUCUGUGCCGGGAGUCCGAUUAUCAUAGAUCAAUGGGACGAAAGUGA